CCCCACGUUCCUUCACGAAGGGAUGUCACCCCAAGGCCACCCCGCGACGAGCUGGCAUUGCUCUUCGGACCAACCAUGAAUCAAAUUCCGCUGGUCCAGGGUGCAUCCAGAACCCAAUGUAACCAAUUCUGGGACUCGCGUAAUGCGUGGCUAUCACCUUGUGUAUUGCCCUAUCUAGCAUGUAUCCCGGCCAUAAUAAUAUUGCUUAUUGCAUUAAGCCAUGUACUUGGAUACUUCUGCCGGCGAUGGCGCCCCAAGUGGACGGUUCCUUUUGUUUCUGAGCAACAUGAUAUACAAGAGCUCCCGCUAGGUCAGCCCAAGCAAGCGUUGCGAUGGACUAUCUCUCUUUUUAUAUUUUCGGCUACUGGGCUUCUAGCCGAAACAGUCCAAUUUGUUCCCCCGAGAAUUGACACCUCGGCUUUUGUGCUUGUUCUCUCAUGGGCGACAGCAUCUAGUCUAAUCACCGCCAAGCGGCCCAGAUCAUGUUCCAUAUCGAUGCUCGCAUAUUAUGUCUUAGUAUUUGCAGUUGAACUUUCUUUGGCGACUCACCCAGAUGUAUGCCCGAAAUUCAAAAUUGUUGCUCGCUACAUCGCCGCGGCCGCGGCCGCGGCAGCCUGUGCGACAAUCCUCCUAAUGCCGUUCCGUGAACCUUCAUUACCAUCAAUAGAUAUCAGUGCUGUUGGUCAACAGCCAUGUGAUGACUUCCGGAGUCCAGAAGAUAACCUAAGACUUUGGCAAUUCCUGACAGUGUCAUGGAUGGCACCGCUUAUCUCAACUGGAUGCAAAAGACAACUACACGAACAAGAUGUUUGGCUACUUGGAUUUGAAUUUCAACACAGUCGGUUACAUGAGAAGUUUCGUCGACUUCGUGGUUCUGUCCUCGGUCGAUUGUUGAGAGCCAAUGGAAUUGACGUUUUUAUCAUCUCUACCAUAUCGCUUGUCCAAAUGAUAUGCGACUUUUCCACCCCCGUUUUGUUGCAGCAACUAUUGCAGGCCAUGAACGACCCAUCUCGACCAAAACGCGUCCCUUUGACCUACGCUUUCAUGUCCUUCGCUCUCCGACUUGUCGCUGCACAGUCUCAGGUGUUACUUCUGUGGUACGGAAGACGAAGCUAUGAACGGUCGAGGGGUGAAAUGAUCAUGAUGGUCUAUGAAAAAGCCCUUUCACGAAAGAACAUCUCUGGACUGAUGAUCGAGGGCAAGCCAGGGCCAUCCGACGAAGAAGUAAAUGGAAUCAAUGAUGAGGCUGUAGUCCAAGAGAACCAUGAAUCCCCAACGAAAAGUGAGGAAAGUUUCUGGAAACGCAUCAUUUCUCGCAACCCAAAGCCCCCACGCAAACAAGCCAAAGAAGCUGCAUCACUUGGCAAAAUCUUCAAUCUCUUGCGCGGAGACGUAUAUGAAGUGGCACAGAGAUUCUGGGAGGUUGACUCGUUGAUUGACAAGCCACUAGGGCUGCUAAUCGCUACCUUCCUUGUCUGGACACUCUUCGGUCCAUCUUGCUUCCUGGGAAUAUUAGCUGUUGUGGUUGCACAAAUUGUGAAUGCACUAGUGACCAGAGCCCUCCUCCGCUGGGAGCGGGUCAGACGAGUAGCAACGGAUACAAGACUCCAAAUAACUUCACAAUUCGUGGAAGCAAUCCGUCACCUGCGAUGGUACGGAUGGCAGAAUCAUUGGCUUCAGCAGGUAAUGGAUGCCCGACAACAUGAGUUGAAUAUUCGGAUUGUGACCAGUCUGUGGAGUAUCUUGAUUCGCUUUAUCAACGCUUUCGCCAGCGGCGUGUUUCCGGUGGUUGCGUUAUACGCAUAUACAUUCUUGGCUGGACAUGAGCUGCGGAUCGAUAUUAUCUUCCCUGCAUUGCAGUUGUUUACCAUGCUAGAGACCCGUCUUCGGGAUAUCCCUGGUCUUAUCACAUCGCUUAUCAAUGCCUUCAUUGCACUUGGGCGUAUUGAGGACUUCAUGUCCGAACCAGACAAGGAAAGUCUGCCUUCUGAACCCAUGUCGAACGACACGCCACUCUCCAUGCAAUCUUGUUCGUUCGCAUGGCCAGGAAAAGCCUCACCAGUCCUGGUUGAUAUCGAUGUCACCAUCCCCAAAGGACUGACUGUUGUCACCGGCAAGGUCGGUGCUGGAAAAACCGCGUUUCUGCAAGCUCUUUUGGGAGAACUCGAUAGACUGAGCGGCUCAGUCCAUAUUCCAAACGAAAUGGUGGGAUAUUGUGCUCAAACACCGUGGCUACAAAGCAUGAGCAUUCGUGAUAACAUCCUAUUCUCUGCUCCCUACCAUGACCAGCGCUAUAAGCGGACACUAGAAGCCUGUGCCUUGCUUCCGGAUCUUGCUCAAUUCAAACAUGGCGAUUUAUCGUUUGUGGGUGAGAAUGGCAUUGGUUUAUCGGGUGGUCAAAAAGCACGAGUAGCUCUGGCGAGAGCUGUCUAUAGCGCAUCGCGGAUUCUGCUUUUGGAUGAUCCCUUGUCUGCACUAGAUCAUAAUACCGCGGAAUCGAUAGUCCGCAAAUGCUUUUCAGGGCCAUUGAUGAAAGACCGAUCCAUCGUUCUAGUGACACAUCGAACUGCCUUGGUUCGUCAAAUUGCGGAUCAAAUCAUUGAUAUUUGUGAAAAGCAUGCCACCGUUUACGAUAAGGAUGCCAUCAAGCUUGACGUAACCGAGUCGUCCCUGCAAUUUAUCGACCAUGAAAAUGAAACAGAAGUGGAAACUACCCUCGAGGAGGAAACGGCUGCCGUGCCUGAUAAAUUCAUUGAGGAAGAGCAUCGAGCAGACGGGGGUGUAAAGGCUCGAGUCUACUGGAAUUAUGUUAAGGCAGGAAAGUAUCGAUGGUGGCUUACCCUCGUCCUCAUCCUGGCAAUUUACCGACUGAUGGCUGUUGGUCAAUCAUGGUUCCUCAAAGGGUGGGGAGAAGCUUACGAACGGACAACUGUUUUUCAAGAGGAUCUCUCAACCUCGAGUAAUAGGUCGUCACAAGACACCUGGUCAGUCUCGAGUCUGAACAUCGACACAUACUUUACGCCUCAGAACCCUAUAGACCAACUACCGUCUCCACGUGAGGAUGUGCGACCCUGGCUAUGGACGUUUUUCGCUAUCAUCUCUUUCCAAGCGGCCACGCUACUUGUCGCUCAGCUUCUAAUGCUAGUCAUUGUUUACUAUGCUGGACAGUCCUUAUUCCGACGGGUCUUGGUCCGAGUCAGCCAUGCGACCUUCCGAUACUUGGAUACAAUCCCUCUCGGGCGCUUGAUGAACCGUCUCACAUCAGAUAUUGGAGUCGUCGAUGGCAAUAUUAGUGAACAAUUCCAGGUGAUCGCGUUCCAGGUUAUCAUUUGGAUCUCCUCCAUCCUGGUAAUAGCAACCGCUACUCCGGUGUUUUUGUUCUUCUCCCUAGCUCUCACAGUCGCAUUCGUCCUGGUAUUCCUGCGUUUUCUUCCCACGUCUCAGAGCCUACGACGACUCGAAAUGGUGUCCCUAAGUCCUUUAUUGUCCAACUUCGGAGAGCUAUUGCAUGGUCUGACCACUGUCCGAGCUUUCCAUGCAGAGUCGCAGUUCCAGAACCGGGUUAUAUCCGUGGUUGACAAGUUCCAGGGAAUGGAUCAUUUCUACUGGUCACUCCAGAGCUGGCUCAUGUACCGGUUUGAGAGCUUAUCCGCUUUUUCAACCUUUUGUCUAACAGCUCUAGCCUUGUACACAAAUACCACACCGGGACUGGUAGCAUUCGUGCUUAUUGCUGCGAACAACUUUGUCGAUUCCACACAUGCAUUGUGCAAGCAGUAUGGCCAACUUCAAAUGGACUUUGUGUCGGUAGAGCGAGUCGACGAACUACUCCACAUUGAGGAAGAAACCCCCGGUACCAUCGCUCCCCCAGCUGCAUGGCCGACGUACGGCAGCGACGUUGUCUUCGAAGACGCAACCUUCCGUUACGCACCACAUCUCGAUCCCUCGCUCAUAAACGUCUCUCUUUGUAUUCCCGGUGGAUCCACGACAGCGGUUAUCGGCCGUACUGGCAGUGGCAAGUCAACACUAGCAAUGUCCCUUCUGAGCGUCAUCAGACCUGAGUCCGGUCGCAUUCUCAUUGAUGGCAUCAAUAUCGCCGAUGUCAGCACACAAGCAUUACGCACCCGAGUUACUUUUGUCGCACAAGAUCCCGUCCUCUUCCCUGGUAGCAUCAGGCUCAAUCUGGACCCAACGGAAGAAUAUUCCGAUGAACUGUGCACCGAAAUCCUGGAGCGUCUGUGUAGUCGACACGGCUGGCAUCUGGGAACACAUAUUGAAGCUGGAGGAAGGAAUCUUAGCCAGGGUCAACGGCAACUUAUUGCUCUGACACGGGCUGUCCUUCGUCGAAGCGCGAUUGUCAUUCUCGAUGAGGCGACUGCCUCUGUUGAUCAUGAUACCUCUCUUGAGAUUCAGCAAAUUAUCCGGGAGGAGUUGCAGCAGUCUACUGUAAUUACGAUUGCGCAUCGUAUAGAAGCUGUCAAGGAUGCGGAUUACUUUAUCGUUCUAGAUCAGGGGCGGGUUUCGAGACAGGGGCAUGUGCGGGACUUGUAG